CUUGGUCGAAAACACAUGGUCGCCGCCGUCUGUCUGUACAAUGACGGAAACCGUCGGACCAAUAAAUACACGUGUCCGGUGUUCGGAGUGAUCAGUGUGGUAUACCCGAUCGAACAACUACUAUCAUUAUCGCAGCUAUAUACAGCUACGCAAACUACCGAACAGAACAAAAAUCGCCGGAAAACACUUUUUUACCAAUUUAUUCAUCUCGAAUCCGACGACAACACGACCAUGUGGAACGUUCUGUGCUUGAUAACCGUGGUUUUGGUAGGCACGUCUUACCAGAGGGCUCCGGUACUGCUUACAAUUAACCCGCACAGCAACAACGCUGGCGAACUCAGUCAGUCCGCGUUCAUCGACUACGUCAAUUGGUGGCAAAACAUCAUCGGCAUCAUCAGCAACAACGAAGAGCCUGUCGCCGAGCCACCUGUGACGCCGAUCGACCAGAGCACUUGCGCCCCGUGCACUUGCGGUGCCUUGGGUAAGAAAAACAGAAUCGUUGGCGGUGUCCCUACGUACGUGCAUCAGUACCCUUGGAUGGCAAUGCUCACGUACAAGGGCAAGUUCUAUUGCGGAGCGUCGGUCAUCAACCACAAAUACGUCAUGACGGCAGCCCAUUGCGUUCACGGAUUCGAUGCGAAAAACAUCGGUGUACGACUUUUGGAACACGACCGCAGCAGUAACGAUGAAGCAAAACACCUGGAUUUAAAAGUAUUGAGAGUGAUCAAACACAAGGGAUACAGCCCAACAUCUUAUAACAACGAUAUCGCACUGUUGCGAAUGGACACCGAGGGUGUGGAAUUCGGCCCCAACACCGGUUUACAUCCGGUCUGCUUACCGACCGAAGGUAAAAGUUUUGCCGGAUACGAAGGCGUCAUCACCGGCUGGGGAGCAAGAAAACAGGGUGGAUCUUCAUCGCAAGUAUUGCACGAAGUCUACGUGCCAAUUAUGAGCAACGAAGACUGCAGAAAAACAGAAUAUGACGAGAAACGUAUCACGGCUAACAUGAUAUGCGCUGGAUAUCCGGAAGGCAAAAAGGAUUCGUGCCAAGGCGAUAGCGGCGGCCCGAUGCACAUUGCCAACAACACGGCCUACCACAUAGUCGGAGUCGUGUCCUGGGGAGAAGGAUGCGCUCAAGCCAACCGUCCUGGCGUGUACUCCAGGGUGAACAGAUACUUGAAUUGGGUGGCCAAUAACACGUUAGACGCUUGUCCGUGCACGAAUAUCUACGUCCCGACGGAGAGUGGUGCGUAAUUAUACAUGCGGACGCUAACACAUCAGCUUCACACAUAAUUUGGAUCUCACCACGACAUUAUACAUUACCUGUAUUUAUUAUUUAAUUUAUUUAUUUUUUAUUUAUUUAAUGUAAUUUAUUUAUCAACGUUUAUUUACCGUUGCAUAUUCGUAUUGUUUAUUGUAUAAUCGAGGACCAACCAAAGAAAUAAAUGUAUUGCGUAACGCAAAUGUCAUGAAA